AGACAAACAGAAUGUAUGGAAAGGAGGGGCUGAUACAAAAAUCGCUACGGUAGCUUAUGAUAAAACCAUGGAGAUAGUGUCCGACAGCACGUUCAAUAACCUGGGCGAGGACGCCAGAAUGAUUUUGUUUUUGGAUCUUCUCAACCCCAAUUAAAUCUGGGAAGACCUCAUUUUCUGAGAUACGGGCGAUAUGGCAAACGCCCCUCCCUCCCUCAAGGCGACUAAAGACCCUGAGAUCAACACGGCUGCCGCCCAGAGACAUCUAAGAGAUAGCCGACAGCCCACCGGCCUCAACGCCAGAAUCACCGACUGCGAAACCAAGCUUGCCGACCUUGAAAGCAAGAUGGCCGAUGAAUGUGCCAAGAUCAAACAAAUCGGAAAACUCGACGCCAAGGUCAGCGGCGUCGACAAGCGCAUCGCGCGCCUCCACGCCAAGGCCAGCGACGGCGAUGUCAGGGCUGACGAGAUGCUAACGUUUAUCCACGCUAAGACCAUUCCCACUAAGAGGUCGAGAAUUCCUUGGAAUUUGCUGAGAUCAAAGAUGUCGUCUCCUGGCACUGUGCCUCGGGGGAGUAUACCACACCGGGCUUGGAGCAUCUCGGAUGUGUUUGGGAGUGGUGGCGAUGGCGGCGGCGAUGGCGGCGGGGGGGCCUAGGGUGUAUACCCAGGCUGCCGCCUUUCAGGUAUUUCGUCGUCGCGAAAUAACGACGUAUGAUCUUGGAACAGAUAGGCAUUGUCAAAACUCCUCAAGGUCUUUAUGAUGGGGAGUUAUAUACGUAGAUACCCUAAACCAAGAUGCAGUUGGACC